AGUCUACGGUUAAUUUCAGGUCAUGAUGGCGAGCGCCAGAUUUUAAAACGACUGACAUUAAACUAAUAAAGAUGGCCAAACCAUCGGAAGACUCGAGCUUUUUUGUGAUGUUGCAUCGCUUAGCGCAGAAAGUUGAGAGUGGAGUCAAAGAGAUACAGACGAGUCUGGAUAACAAGAAGGAUAACUCUGAAAAUAACAGUCUCGAUGCUCGUAGUCUACUGAAAGAUCUUCUCAAGGAGACACGGAACCUCAAGCAAGAAGGUCUAAACUGUGUUGCAAGAUUUGAAGAAAAGGGGAGAUUAUUCAGUCAGACACUGACAGCAUGUCAAGACUUUUUGACAGCGCAGUCACAUCGUCUGAUGGCCACAGAGGUUUAUCUAGAACAGUAUGGCUACAUUAGACUUCCAGGUUUGGUUUCUAGAUUUCUAUAAAAGCAUUAUCACUGCAUGAAAGUGACUGACAUGAUGUAGCUCAGAGGCAGAGCACUCGCAAGAUGUGCACAAUGGGUAAUAUGAUCCAUCACCCUCGGUGUCUUACAACUAAAGUCCGAACCACAACGUUAACAACUAUGAUAAAUUACUCUCUUGUAUUUAAUUACCAUUAGAUUUCCCUCACAUUUUGUCCAUACAUCUAUUACAAUGACACAGAUUCCACAUACCACAUGAGGGAACAUUUUGUUCAGUAUCGUGUUGCAAUUCUCUACACAAGUUCGGAGAUUGCUACACAAUUUCAUAACAUUAAACAAUAGUAGCUAAUCAAUUUUCAAUUUCUAGACUAGAAAUAUAGCCAAUCAAGAUUUUGAAAACUAUGUUCCCUGCUCAUUGUAAUCAUGUCACCUUUAAGUAUCUGUUAAGAUUAGAAGUGUAUGUCCAUGUAGCAGUUUAUCAAAGAGGUAUUACAGUGAAACUCCUCUAAACCGAACACCCUUGGUACCAAGACAAUUGUCCAGUAUUAAGAGGGAUUCGUUUUCGGGAGGUUACGUUCUGUACUUAUUUUAAAAAGGGACUCUGUAAAACGUCUGCUUUUGAGGGAAUUUCGGUUUACAGAGGGUCCGGUCUUGAGAGGUUUCACUGUACUAACAUGGAAAUUGUAUGUUCUUUUUCUUUAGACAAAGAAGCUGUUAGCAAGAAAGAUGAUUUGAAUGAACAUGUAGCUGAUUCUGAGGAAAAUGAAGAAAAGGGAAAUAAUUCCAAAAAAAAUCACUUUCUCCAGACCAAGAUGUUGAAUCAUCUCCGGUCUGUAGUGAACUAUCAAGCAAUCAGCGUACAGCACUAAACAAGACACCACAACUGGAUGACUUCGGUAUUAGCUCCUAUACCAUGAGCUACAUCCACAGACUGAACAAUGGGCACGAAGUGAAGCCACAAAGCAUUGUCAGCUCACAUAUUGGUGACGGCGAUGUGAUAGACAGUGUUCCUGCAGUAUUCCAACACGAUGGACUGGUCCUAACACCUAGUGUGUGGGGCCACUCUGAUAAAAAGGGUAGUCCUGAUUAUACCGAAGGAAAUACAAUAUUCCAUCCUAGCAGUGAGUGUAGUGAGGGCCACAGUUUUACACCAAUUCAGCAAAUAAGAGAUCAGACCAACAUAGACUCUGGCAGUCCAGCUGUUCCAGUGUUUCUGAGGGCCGGGGCCAAGCCGAUUAGCAAGCUGCAGAAACCCAGUCAAAUAGCAACGGUCAUCAAUGAGAGGUCAAGUAGCAGUCCAAUGGCUCCAAUGUUCAUGACACCAGGGGCCAAACAAAUUAACAAGACACCGAAAGCCAGUCAGGUCGAAAAGGUCAUGGUUGAAAGUAUAGCCUACAGUCCGGCUGCCCCACAGUUUGUGGCACCGGGUGCGAAACAGAUUAACAAGGCACUGAAAGCAAGUGAAGAAGUCACUGUGCAAGCGGAUAGAAUAAUUCAGAGUCCUUGCAUCCCGACGUUUGUAACGCCUGGGGCUAAACAAAUAUGGAAAUCAACUCUGGAUGAUGUGACGUCACAGAGAUCUCACAUGAGUGAUGGUGAUGGCGGUGACUCGAAGCGACCAGUCCGACGGAAAGUGAACACAGAGCUGUUUAAAGAUGAUGCACCUGAGCCUCCAGAAUUUACAAUGAGCUUACAGGAUCUCACUGAACUGACUCAGUCUUUUAAUAUGAAGAGUGGUUCAAGUGACUGUCGUCCACUGACUGGCAGUGUGGAAUGCAGUGUAACAUGCACCACUCCAGUGAUGCCACAGAUGCUUUCAGACCAACUGGAAAAACUGGGCAUGAUGCCUAUGGGAAACGUUAUGCCAAAGUGUCCGAACAGUGCAUUCAGGCCAUUGAACAGUAGAAUUCCACGUCCUCCGAAGUUGAUGGGGAAUUACGGAUUUUCAUAUGAUCAAGAUGAAAAUUUUCCACCGGUUUAAAAAUAUAUUUUAAAAAGGCUUGUUGAUGAGUGACUGAAAAUAAUGAAUCUGAAAACUCAGAUGUAGCCAAUUACACCUUUUCUUUUCUGUUUGCCUGUCGUCACAUCGUGGACUGUGUGGGUGCCCCCACCAAUGUGGGUGACUUCCCUCAAUAUGAAAUCUUGGCUAUGCCAAUGUCUGAAAAUGUAUCACAUGGUGAUUAAUAGACUAUAGUCAUUUUAAUAUGAAUAUAUUAAAUUGAGAGCUCUUAAGUAUGUGAUGUGUAUGUGUUUUAGAUUUAAAACCCAGAGUGGAAGGCAAAUGCACUGGGACUAAUCUUAAGAGCUGUAUACUAAUAAUAUCCUCACAUUCCUGUUUCCAUAAUUAAACAGAAUUGACAUCUUGAAAAGAGACAUAUUUUUGUGAUUCGCCCUUUUUCCCCAAGAUGAAUCUUGGAUCCACCCUGUUAAAUAGACACAUGAGUGUAUGAGACGGGGCAACUACCCCUUAGUGCUGGACAAAAACCUCAAUUUGGGCAAGAUGAUACAGAUUUUCAAGCAUCUAUUUCCAUCAUUUUACCCUCAAAUUUUUUUCUGAUCCAUGUGUAGUGAUUUGUUUGCAACUCUAUAUAGUAGCUUAGUAGUAAUGCUAAUAUGAAUAAAUGUUGCUAUAUAGAUUUAGGCAUUUUCGUUUAAUUCGGGCUAAAGCCCCACCCACACAAAAAUUAAAAUGGGAUCCUGUAAGCCUAUGCACAGAUAUAAAUACAAAACCAAAACAGCAGUUUACAUGCAUAGAUCAUUAUAAAAUAAUGUAAGGGCUGUGAUGAUUACAGUUGUUGGAGCAAAAUUGGACAUUUAUUUUUACUCCAGUUUUUGUUUCUUUGGUAAUAAAUACAAAAGUUUUAACACA